UCUCUUAAUGCAAGAGGCCUCAAUAUACCUGAGAAGCGUUCACAACUUCUGACAUACAUGAAAAGCUUGCGAGCAGAUGUGCUCUUUCUCCAAGAAACUCAUUUUCGCGCUGAUCAUAUCCCUAAAUUCUCCAAUGCCAAUUAUCCAACAGUCUACCAUUCAGUUAACACAGAGGUAAAAGCAAAGGGUGUGUCCAUUUUGAUCUCCUAAGCACUCCCACUUACAAUUACUGAAUCUCUCGAGGAUCUGGAGGGAAGGUUCCUCUUUCUCACAGGUACCCUCCACAACAAACCGCUAACUUUAGCCAACAUUUACAGCCCCAAUACGGCUCAAGUUAGCUUCUUCCGUACAAUCUCUAAAACAUUUGCAACGUUCCAAUCGG